AUGCCGUCCCUCGUGUCUGGGCGCCAUCGGACAUCUGCAGAGCUGCAGGCGGCCCUCAAAGUUGUCAAUGAUCAACUGGCCGAUGCGAAUGAUGUGGAGCGCCCUGCCCUGGAGCUGGUUGCUCAAAAGCUGACAGAAGAACUGGUCGAAGUUGAAUGCGAGCUUGCUCAGCAGAAAGGCUCAGCAAGUCAAGCUGAGUGUCGUCAAGAGGACAGCAGCAAGCAGGCAUGGGAGCAACAACAGCAGGAAACAGCAACAUCUGUUCCUCAGCCACCGACUGACGCCCGGCGUCAGUCUGCUGCCACCGGGAGUGAAGAGGAUGUAAAUACUUUCUUAUCAAAUUUGCCUAAGGUUCGCAUCGAAGACGGGGUCCAGAAGUAUGUGCUCAUUAAAGUAGAUCCAGAACGUGGCGGAAAACAAAGUCUCAAGACAACGCUCUACCUUGUCAGGGGCAACCCACAGGCCGAGUACCAUUACCAGUGUGCCCUGGACACGAUGAAGGAGCUCGAAAGCUGGGGAAUAGAAGCGGAGGUGCAAGGCGGUGGGCGUAUCGAGUGCCGCAUGAGCGAUCGGCAGAUCGAGAUCUACGGUCAUUCCUACCAAUACGGAAGAGCGGAUCACUCCAUCACGGCGCAGCUGAUGAAACAAUUCUUUGGCAACGACUACCAGGUAUCAUGGGGAGACUAUGGCUACUGA